AUGUAUUUCUUUCUUAUUCUGUUCAUUAUCUAUCUAUCUAUUUCUUUCUUUCUUUCUUUCUUAUUCUGUUCAUUAUCUAUCUAUCUAUCUAUCUAUCUAUCUAUUUCUUUCUUUCUUUCUUAUUCUGUUUAUUAUCUAUCUAUCUAUCUAUCUAUCUAUCUAUCUAUCUAUCUAUCUAUUUCUUUCUUUCUUUCUUAUUCUGUUCAUUAUCUAUCUAUCUAUCUAUCUAUCUAUUUCUUUCUUUCUUAUUCUGUUCAUUAUCUAUCUCUCUAUCUAUCUAUCUAUCUAUCUAUUUCUUUCUUUCUUAUUCUGUUCAUUAUCUAUCUAUCUAUUUCUUUCUUUCUUAUUCUGUUCAUUAUCUAUCUAUCUAUUUCUUUCUUUCUUUCGUUCUUUCUUAUUCUGUUCAUUUUCUAUCUCUCUCUCUAUCUAUCUAUCUAUCUGUCUAUCUAUUUCUUUCUUUCUUUCUUUCUUAUUCUGUUAAUUAUCUAUCUAUCUAUUUCUUUCUUUCUUUCUUUCUUAUUCUGUUUAUUAUCUAUCUAUCUAUCUAUCUAUUUCUUUCUUUCUUUCUUUCUUUCUUUCUUAUUCUGUUCAUUAUCUAUCUAUCUCUCUAUCUAUCUCUCUAUCUAUCUAUCUAUCUAUCUAUCUAUCUAUCUAUCUAUCUAUUUCUUUCUUUCUUAUUCUGUUCAUUAUCUAUCUAUCUAUCUAUGUAUCUAUCUUUCUCUUUCUUUCUUUCUUUCUUUCUUAUUCUGUUCAUUAUCUAUCUCUCUAUCUAUCUAUCUAUUUCUUUCUUUCUUUCUUUCUUUCUUUCUUAUUCUGUUCAUUAUCUAUCUCUCUCUCUAUCUAUCUCUCUAUCUAUCUAUCUAUCUAUCUAUCUAUCUAUCUAUUUCUUUCUUUCUUAUUCUGUUCAUUAUCUAUCUAUCUAUCUAUCUAUGUAUCAAUCUUUCUCUUUCUUUCUUUCUUUCUUUCUUUCUUAUUCUGUUCAUUAUCUAUCUAUCUAUCUAUCUAUCUAUCUAUCUUUCUAUUUCUUUCUUUCUUUCUUUCUUUCUUAUUCUGUUCAUUAUCUAUCUAUCUAUCUAUCUAUCUAUCUAUCUAUCUAUCUAUCUAUCUAUCUAUUUCUUUCUUUCUUUCUUUCGUUCUUUCUUAUUCUGUUCAUUAUCUAUCUAUCUAUCUAUCUAUCUCUUUCUUUCUUUUUUUCUUUCUUAUUCUGUUCAUUAUCUAUCUAUCUAUCUAUCUAUCUAUCUAUUUCUUUCUUUCUUAUUCUGUUCAUUAUCUGUCUAUCUAUCUAUCUAUUUCUUUCUUUUUUCUUUCUUUUCGUAUUUUUUCUUAUUCUGUUCAUUAUCUAUCUAUCUAUUUCUUUCUUUCUUUCUUUCUUUCUUUCUUUCUUAUUCUGUUAAUUAUCUAUCUAUCUAUUUCUUUUUUCUUUCUUUCUUUCUUAUUCUGUUUAUUAUCUAUCUAUCUAUCUAUCUAUCUAUUUCUUUCUUUCUUAUUCUGUUCAUUAUCUAUCUCUCUAUCUAUCUAUCUAUCUAUUUCUUUUCUUUCUUUCUUUCUUUCUUAUUCUGUUCAUUAUCUAUCUAUCUAUCUAUCUAUCUAUCUAUCUAUCUAUCUAUGUAUCUAUCUUUCUCUUUCUUUCUUUCUUUCUUUCUUUCUUAUUCUGUUCAUUAUCUAUCUAUAUAUCUAUCUAUCUAUUUCUUUCUUUCUUUCUUUCUUUCGUUCUUUCUUAUUCUGUUCAUUAUCUAUCUAUCUAUCUAUCUAUCUAUCUAUCUAUCUAUUUCUUUCUUAUUCUGUUCAUUAUCUAUCUAUCUAUCUAUCUAUCUAUCUAUCUAUCUAUUUCUUUCUUUCUUUCUUUCGUUCUUUCUUAUUCUGUUCAUUAUCUAUCUAUCUAUCUAUCUAUCUAUCUAUCUAUCUAUUUCUUUCUUUCUUUCUUUCUUUCUUUCUUAUUCUGUUCAUUAUCUAUCUAUCUAUCUAUCUAUCUAUCUAUCUAUCUAUCUAUUUCUUUCUUUCUUUCUUAUUCUGUUCAUUAUCUAUCUAUCUAUUUCUUUCUUUCUUUCUUAUUCAGUUCAUUAUCUAUCUAUCUAUUUCUUUCUUUCUUUCUUAUUCUGUUCAUUAUCUAUCUAUCUAUCUAUCUAUCUAUCUAUUUCUUUCUUUCUUUCUUAUUCUGUUCAUUAUCUAUAUAACUAUCUAUUUCUUUCUUUCUUUCUUUCUUUCUUAUUCUGUUCAUUAUCUAUCUAUUUCUUUCUUUCUUUCUUUCUUUCUUAUUCUGUUCAUUAUCUAUCUAUCUAUCUAUCUAUCUAUCUAUCUAUCUCUUUCUUUCUUAUUCUCUUCAUUAUCUAUCUAUCUAUCUAUCUAUCUCUUUCUUUAUUUUUUCUUUCUUAUUCUGUUCAUUAUCUAUCUAUCUAUCUAUCUAUCUAUCUAUUUCUUUCUUUCUUAUUAUGUUCAUUAUCUAUCUAUCUAUCUAUUUCUUUCUUUCUUUCUUAUUAUGUUCAUUAUCUAUCUAUCUAUUUCUUUUAUUCUGUUCAUUAUCUAUCUAUCUAUUUCUUUCUUUCUUUCGUUCUUUCUUAUUCUGUUCAUUUUCUAUCUCUCUCUCUAUCUAUCUAUCUGUCUAUCUAUUUCUUUCUUUCUUUCUUUCUUUCUUUUUUUUUGUGUUCAUUAUCUAUCUAUCUAUCUAUCUAUCUAUCUCUUUCUUUCUUAUUCUGUUCAUUAUCUAUCUAUCUAUUUCUUUCUUUCUUUCUUUCUUAUUCUGUUCAUUAUCUAUAUAUCUAUCUAUCUAUCUAUUUCUUUCUUUCUUUCUUUCUUAUUCUGUUCAUUAUCUAUCUAUCUCUCUAUCUAUCUAUCUAUCUAUCUAUCUAUUUCUUUCUUUCUUUCUUAUUAUGUUCAUUAUCUAUCUAUCUCUCUAUCUAUCUAUCUAUCUAUCUAUCUAUCUAUCUAUCUAUUUCUUUCUUUCUUUCUUAUUCUGUUCAUUAUCUAUCUAUCUAUAUAUCUAUCUAUCUAUCUAUCUGA